AUGGAAAGCAUACAAUUUCUCGUGAAGCAUUCUGGAAGGUGGACGUAUGAAAAAAACUACAAAGAGUACAUCACUGAUGCUAUACUGUUGAGCACAACAGCAUCAUUCAAUGAGCUGCACGAUGUUUUGGCAUCACACUUAAACGUGGACUUAACCAACAAAUGGAGAAGUUUUACAAGUUCAUCUGCAUGCGUUGUUGAAAGAAAAGACGCCGUUAACAAUAUGCAAACAGUGGGCCAAGGAAAAAGCAUUAGAAGAGUUGAGAGACCUGUAAUAGUUGUUGAUGGUAGUCAUCUGAGAGGAAUGUAUACCGAAACAUUUGUAACUGCAUAUACAAUGGAUAGAGCAGGUCAUAUAUUUCCUUUGGCAUAUGGUGUGCUUGAUUUUGAAAACGAUACAUCUUGGACUUGGUUCUUUGAGAAUCUAAAGGAAGCGUACGGAGAAAGACAAAACAUGUGUGUUGUAUCUGAUCGAAAUCCAAGCAUCUUAAAGGAUAUUGGUGAUGUGUACAAAGAUGUUCCAGAUUAUGCAUGUAUGUGGCAUCUAUGGGGGAAAAUGAAAAAACAUUAUAGAAAGUCUCAUGAUGCAUUAUCAGAGAUCUUUUAUACAAUGGCCAAAUCAUAUUCAAAGUCAGAAUUCCACAUGUUAAUGGAAAAGGUUGAGGCAAUUGAUAUUAGGGUGAAGAAAUAUUUGAAAUUGGCUGGUUACGAAAAGUGGGUUAGGUCCUAUGCAACAGUUCACCGAGGAUGGGCUUUUACUUCAAACAUUGUGGAGUCAAUAAAUAGAGUACUUGUAUCAGCCGGAAAACUAUUAAUUUAUGAUUUUCUUGAGGAAGUUCGAUUGCUGUUUGCAAAAUGGAAUUGCGAAAAUAGGCAGGAGGCUUCAUAUACAUUCACAACACUUAUUGAAAAAUUUAAUGACAUAGUAAAAGAGAAGGAGGCUUUGUGUACUCAUAUGACGGUUGUACCAGCCAUAGAAUAUGUGUACACGGUGCACGACAAACAAAAGAACUUCAUCCUUUGCCUCAAGGAAAGAAUGUUCUUAUGUAAUGCAUUUCAAAUUAAUGAGAUAUCAUGUGCACAUGCUUGUACGGUGUUGGACAACAUGAAUUUUCAGAAGGGGCCAUAUUGUUGUGAUUUGUAUAAGUCAAAAACUGUGUUGAAGACAUAUGAUGUUCCAAUCUAUCCUUUACUACACAAAGAUGACUGGAUAAUUCCAUUUAGCAUACUUGGUGAAAUAGUACUGGCUUCGAAGUUCAAAUGGCUUCCAGGAAGACCUGCAAAGAAGGAUCGUGGAAAAUCGGACUAG